UCAGGAGGUUUCUACUCAGACACGCGAGCUUAUGUAAAUAACAGCUGUCGGCGCUGCGAAAAUGGAACUUUUGUCCACUACUCAAAAGCCCCAGGAAAAAGCCCAUUUGAUUGCAAGUCCUGUCCACAAGGUAUUCUAACGCCACAGCGUAGUUGUAUUAGCCUGAGAUACUAUGUGGGAAAUUUGCCAGUUCAUUAUGAAUGGCGCCUAACGUGAAAAUCCAUUUUAUAAUGUAAUAGUCUAUUAACUUAAUUAUUUGUAGUCUGCUUGACGACACUAAAAACGGCUGUGUAGCAGACUAAAUUAUUUGAGGCAGUGACAGAGCUUUUUUGAAUGUUUCCAUAGAAACUAUUACAGCUUUUUCUAGAGAAUGUUUUGGGAAAACUUAAGGAACGUGAUGGGUGAAGUAAUUAAAAUAAUUACGCUGAACUCUUUUCAAAUGGUUACUGUCAGAAUCUAUGAUCCACCUUACUGUACUCUCAAGGUCAUGUUUUUAAGUUGUGGAAGAAGAAAUACUGCUGGUUGCUAUGGCUACCAGUUUAUUGGCUGGGGGAGUUGGACUUUAAAAAGAUAAAAGGAGUGAACAAAGAAAAAACAAAGAUAAAUACUGCAACCAAAGUCCACUGUUGUAUAAUCCGAUUGGGAAUAAAGAAAAGAAAUAAAUAAGUGUAACUAGAUAUGUAAUCCCACUUGAUAAUUCCCUUUUUUUCCCUCUUGAGUUAGGCCGGAAGCAAACGCUCGACUUCUACAAUUGACACUCCACUCAAAGUAAAUUAACUAUUCAUAGGGGGUAUAAACGUGAUCGUCUUCAUUCGCAUCUUUGAAAAUAGAGAAUGAAAGGAUUCGUUUAGUUGCCGAGGUUGACUGCGAAUGUACCCUUGACUGGUCAAUGGAGCUGAGUCAAUCGAAAGCCGAACGUAAUAAUCGGAUUUUUUUGCAGCCUCAGUUUCACAGGAACAUAGGAAGCAAGGCAAAAUUGCCAAAUUCAGUCUUCGACUACUAGGCUUGUGUACUUAUAAUGGUAAACGAUUCUUUAAGUUCUUCUCAUCCUUCUUCUUCUUCCUCUACUUCUCUUCUAUUCUUUUUCUUCUUUUACUGGCAAGGCCCUAAAGUUAAGACAACUGCUCGCUAUUCUCAUCUCCUCAGCUUUGUCAUUAAACUUUAUCAUUCGCGUUUAGCUGCAGUGGCUUGAUCAACCUCUGCCCGCAAUAAAGCACAUUUGAUUUCAUUAAGUUUUCUUGCCCAAUUAAAUCCAACCACUCUAUGACUGAAAAGCUUUUUCUUGUGGCAUAAAUGUGUGUUAGUAGCAUCUCUGGCAUUUUCAUGUUUGCAUUGUUGUCAAUACCUGGAAACCUUACUAUUCCCUGAUGAUCCUUAUGCGAGCAUUCCACAAACCUCUGCCUCUACGAAUUGGACCUGAAAUUCCCAUUACGAGUACGGUGGCUUGCACAGUGAACCUCCUCCUAGUUGUCGCAAUCAAGAUAAUUUGUAGUUGCUUCUCUCAACCACUUUACCUUAAAGCUGCGGUACUGACCCUCUCGCGCUUGACUUGACAUGACUACUAGAUUUGUCAUCCGAACUUUUUUGUUGUCGUCAUGUGUCUUUUCUGAAGCAGGUGCGUCAAAAGUAAUUACAAAAAUAACUCGUUUACUCCUAGCCGUGGCAAAAAAAAAACAAGUUCUCAAAAGUAUUUUUUCUGUAAAAUCCGUGAAACUAUUGAGUACGCUGGGAAAGGUUUCAUUGCAGUGGAAAUUCUUUAGGAUGUUGUCACAGUGUUGAGCGGCUCUUUAGGUCCAGAACAAACUUUCAUAAUGUUAUGAAGCAAACUACAAUAGGACAGGCGUUUAAAAAAUGGCGGAAUUUUUUAAAAUUUAUUUCAAUCAAAAAGUAAAUUUAAAUUUGGCUAAAUGUCGGUGCAGAUGAAACGAGAACGCAAGAGAAAUCCACAGCUUAUGACUUUAUUCAAAUCGGCGUAAUUUAAUUUCCACUAACUUGACAUUCUUGUUCAUCGGCCACUGAGAACAGACAAUGAACUUUCAUUGCCUAAAAAAGAUAGAAUGAGUCGCGGCGUUACUACCCAGCGUAAUUCGUUCUUCAAAUUGUUUGAAAUGGUGGCCAGAAUCAUUAUGUGGUUAUAUAAGACAUCUAACAUAGCCCAAGUACGUACGAGCUUCAAAUUCUUCCUAAACAGGAUUGGCGCUCAAUACGUGCGUAUGGUUUCAAUUAUUCAGAGUAAAUGACUUGCAAUGCUUCUUCUCAAACCAUACAGGAAUACAUCAGUGCCUGUUUUUGCAUUUGAUUGCACGGGUGCACAUAAACUGCAAACAGUUCUAAAAUAUCUUUACGACAGGGGCUAUUCCUCACGUUAGAGGCACCUCUAAAACUAUCAUACGUACCCUUGAACCUUAGACAUCCGCGUUACACAUAAAACAAUAAGUGGGGACAGACACAAACUGGAGGAAACACGGUGAGCAGUAUAAAAAAUCAAAUGCUGUGACUUCCAGACUGCUUAAAUUGCUAGGACCGGCAGACACCUCAUCUUGAGAAUGACUGAGCACGAGUGAACGGCAAGAAUUAGGAUUCCAACCAUCACAUUUCUGAACACCAUUGACAGACAAACUAACACACCGACUGGGACUCUGCUGAAUGCAGUACAUCACAAACUAAUGACUAACUCUAGAGAGCUGAUUACUAACUUACAACAAACGCCGCUUAAUCGAAGGCAGCAGUUACCGACACCUUACAAACAACUUCUCUAUAAACUCAAGCAAAAAUGAGGAUAGCAAAAUGACUUAAUGAUUUUGACUAACACAAUAGGGCAGAAAAGUGUGAUACAAACCCGUUUCGGGCCAAAUAAAUUUAGCUGUUAACACGGAUAUUGUCGAAAAAAAGGCCUAAGGACCAUAUUUUAGGAGGUUGCGUUGUCACUGCAUUUUUAUGUGAGACCGGAAAAAUUUCGAUCAUGGGGCUGCGGUAACUGAUGCAGAUGUAUGUGGUCAACGGACAUCAUAAUUCCUGUGAAGGUCUGUAAUUAAAAGCAAAGCGGCGAUGAAUGAUCGUGAGUUAUCCGUUUCGUGCGUGUUGUGUCCAAACGGAAGUCUACUGGAUCAACAAUUAAGAGAACCUUACAAGAGGUAUGGUUACAGGAAAGCGCAGGAAAACAAAUUAACUCGCUAAUUAACUAAUUCACUUUUAAUAAUGAUUUAGAGAAACAUAAGACGUGCAAACAUAUUCAAUCUGUGCGAAGUCUUUGUCUAGAUGUAUCUCAUUAGAGUACUUUAACUCUUUUUCAACGCCAUCAAUUUAUUUCUGUUCCUUGAUAAUGGCGUCCUGAGGUACCGAAACGUCGGAACGUUAUAAUUUUGUUAGUUUUUACAACUUCCGUCGUACACAGCUAUUUUACCCUUAGGACAUUUCGCUUUACCCAGCAAGCCGUUAACUGUAGUAUACCGUAAAAUUCCGAAAAUAAGCCCCGGGGCUUAUAUUUUCAAAGGCCUUUUUUGAGGGGCUUAUUUUUUGAGGGGCUUAUGUACGGAGGGAAAUUUGCGUUUCAAAAUCGAUUGGACUAGCUUGUAGUGGGAAGGAAAUUUACCAUUUUUGCUUUGUUUUUCUUUGUAUUCGAGGGAAAAUUCCAAGUACAAGCCCCCCGGGGGGCUUAUAUUAAGAGGGGCGAUUUAACGGGGGGUUUUUUGCGUUACGAUUUUGGGGGGCUUAUAUUUGGAGGGGCUUAUUUUUGGAAUUUUAAGGUAGUUUCCCUGGAGAAGAUAUGAAUUAAUGUCUCCACUUCUUCGUCCCUCCAAGCGGAGGGAGAAAACAUUUUGUUUCCCGUUAGGUUUUGCGAAUCGCCAAGUUAAAAUCAACAUCAUUCUUGCCCCAAAUCUACACGGUUUUUUUUUUACUACGUAUACCAUCAACGAACUUAUUAAGCAAACUGACGAAAGAGAUGGUGAGAAAAUGAAGAAACUGAUACGGACCUGCACUCCUUUUUUUAAAUUUCAUUUAUUUGCUUCUUACACACAUGCAUUACAUAAACAUAGAUACUUAAAUACACUGUAGAAGAAAUACACUUAAUUCAAAAGAAACAAAAUUGAUUAAAAAAUUGAUAGUAAGGUAGCUAGACAGGAUAUGCGUACAAUAUUUUUUUCUUUUUUAUUUGGAAUCUGUUCAUAUUGGAUUAAAAAAACAGGAGGAGAAAAAAAGGAGAGUUCACUCAAAUAAACGCCUUUUCUGAAUAAUUUGUGUCCUCUUUUCUUCAAAAAUUUUCUCCUUUCCUUUAAUAAUUGAAAUUUUUUUCAAUUAUAAAGUUGUCUUUAACUUGAUAAAUAUAUUCUACAAUAGAUGGUUUUCAACUUUUGUAUUUGCAGCUAAAGAUGUAAAAUGUAGCCCAGAGUACACAAUGACCAACUAAGAUAUUUCUAUCGGCUAAAACGCCAGAGGCGUCCAACCAAUCAACUGAAACCAAGAAAUCUUUUCAAGCUCUGGUCACGGGACAACCCCAAAAGAAGUGAAUAGGCGUUUCUUGGGUUCCGUGACAAAAGAGAAUAGAGAUCGUUAUCUGCUGCUUGAAUCUUUAAAAAAUACUCGUUUCUUGAGGGGUUCGUUCCCAAUUUUUCUGACGUGUGAUCGGUCUUCAAAAGUAUAGGUUAUUACUAUGGAGUGUUAGAGUUAUCGUUUAAAAAAAACCCUCACAAUCUAGUCUUCAUUUAUUCGACACUUCAUAGCCAGAAACAUCGCGGCUUAACUGACAGGGGACCAAUAACUUCGCGACUUAAUUGAACAAUCAGGGACAAUAAAAAACGAUACAAUCAACUGAAGUGAUAGAAUUAGCACAAUCUUUCUUUAUGUCGCCCUCAUCUGCCAGUCCUAUUCAGGACUACACUCAUCCCGAGGAACAUAUUACAACUUCUUAUGACAGUAAUCCUGGGUUCAAACUAUGUACUAAGAAGUAAUACAGGUAUCAAAGGUCAUAAAAAUCUCGGCUAUGACAAAACGUUUACCACCCUAUGUUCGACGGCAUAACAACGUUUGUCUUACUUUUAUUUAAACAUUUCCGCUAAAAUUCCAAAAAUAUUUAGAAAAUACACCCAUUUUUGUCAUGUUUACGUGUCAAGCACCAAUAAGUAAUAACUCACCUCCACUUCGAGAAAUCGGCUAUUUCAAUCUGGUUGAGCCAGAGAAAUUAAAGACGACUGAAGAAAACAUUUAAUGGAAAGUAACGGAGAAAGAUAUAUAUCAAGAUGUGAAACAGCUUUAUAUUUAUGUUAAACGUUGGUCUUGCUAAUUAUUAUACCUGGUGUCAAUUGGAUACAAAGUUUACAUUUGUGAUUUACCGUGUUUGUGCGUGAAUGUUCAUGCAUAACAGCAACCGGAAAUUUUACCGGCAAAGUCUCUGAUUUUAUUGUGAGUUUAUGUACACCCUUCCUAGAUCGUAAAAUAUUAGUCCCACGGAGGAAGCUUUUAAGGGAGGUUUGAAUUCUUCAUAUGAGGCUGUUUCUGAAGGACAACUAUGUGCAGUUUGAGUGAUGAAUGUUAUAAACAACUGAAAAAAUGCAAGCUGUGUCCAACAAAAACCAAAAAAACGGAUGACAGGGCAGCUUGCAGUUUUAGGAGCGAUGGUUGUAUUACUGUCUGUUUUCAAUUGAAAGCUGGAAAAUUAUAAUUAUAAUUAACAACUAAAGAAGCCUUCACUGCGCUCUGUUCGUGCAGUUUUAAAGCACGCAAGAAGCGGCUAGAGCACGAAAGAAGUGUAGGGGGAAACACGAGACGUAAUCGAGUGUUUCUCCCUUCUUCUUGAGUGCUCUAGACCGCUACAUAAGUGCUUUACAACAGAACAGAGCACAGUCAUAAGGCUUCUUUAUUUGUUUUGCGAUAAAAAAAACCGUUAAAUUCCCCACGCAUUGCUUUCUAAUUUUCAAAGCGAACCAGAGUGGCGUCAGGAUGUUCUACACUUUCAUAAAUCACGCUUUAUUAGCCAAUCACAAUCCUGAUUAGGAAUAAGAUAAAAGAUGUCAAAACAUCAAAGCUAUCACAAAGUAAAACGAGCGAAACGUUCAGUGAAUAUGAAUGCUGAAGAAAUGUACUUUCUACGUUCAAAAAUCAGUUUGUAAAGGUAAAAAGUGCUUUUGCGGCCCAUGAAAACCUGGACGUCAUUAACAUCACAUAUUUGAAAACAAACUGCUUCAGCUUCGUAUCACCUGAACUGCCCAAAAACCAGGAGCACCCAACGACAAAUUUAAGAAAAUAUCUGUUCGGAUGACGAUCUGAGAUCUAGAAUUUUCGGAACAUUUGUUGUAAAAUUUCUUGCUUGGCUGCCUCUCCUAGGAUUUUCGAACAUCUAAACAUGGUAUAAUUGCCCAUUUUUAACGGAUUUUUAACCUCAAGAGGUCACCUAGAAUUUUCGGGAGCGUUUUUCCUGGCUGCAAUUUUCGAAAAGUUAAGUGUUGAUCCCUAUAUAAUUUUCGUAUCACUAGACUUUCAGCUAGAAAAUCCAAGCAGAUGAAAAAUUUUUAGGGGAUAAAAGUAUGCCGUUUAAAAACUAAAAUACGUUUAAUAAUGCUAUGUUUAAGUGGUUUUGAACUAUAUUCUCGUUGGUUGUCCCUAAAAAAACUAGCCUGAAAGUAAAAUUUUAUAAAAUUCGCCAACGUCUUCCCAGAAGUGAUGGCGCAUGUAGUCUCGCGAUCGUGUUUUAAGCUAGUAUUAUGAAUGAAAAAACUCAAAACAAUAGACAGAGAAAUUAUUCUUUAAAAUUUUGUUAUUCGAAGACUAAGAGGUUAAUCGGAUAAGCACAAUGCAAAUUUCAAUACAAAAUCUAUCGCAAAUCCGGAUGUUAAGUUUGAAAUUUUUCUUUAGCGACAAUGACAAAAUUUAUAGAACGUUUGUAAAACAUUUAUACAUAGUAAAUUCUCUUUUAAAAACGUAACUUUCUUGACCACAGAGUACAAUAUACCUGAAAAUUCUUCGCUGUCUUGGCCUCAAAACAGGACAUUUUGCGCUCCGCCGCGAAGAAAACAUCGUUGAAUUCCUCGAAGGACCAUUUUGUAGCUAAAAUCUCUCCUUAGUCCACACCAAAAAUAACUGAACGUUCAUUUGAACUUUCCCUUAAUUUUCAUUUGUGUCUUUCAACGGUGUAUUUUUAACCCAGAAAUGUGGAGCUUUGGUCUGAAAACCCACCGCCGCAUGGUGUGAUUCACAGAUGGCGCGACCGCGGCUUUGCAGUCAAGCCAGGUCAAGCGUACCCCAAGAUUCCAUUAAUGAAUUUACUAUUGGAAAGUUGAAUCCGUUGGUAGUUGUGGAUUUCAGAUUUAUGUCUUCAAUCUUGCUUGCGUAAUGAGCCGUGAAUUCACACGAAAUUACGACAUUUCUACCGCCUCAGUUUCUCUGAAUUUGAUGUAAAUGUAAUUUAAUCCAUUCAAAGAUUUUCAAUCAGACCAAAUACAGAGAAGUUCUUGUACAAUAUUCACUGCUCAUUACGCAUGCAGGAAUGCUGAUUUGAAUUUGACACUAGUUUCGGAACGACUAAAGGAUUCAUUUUUCAAAUAAUCAAUUCAUUAAUAGAAUCUUGAGGGGUACGCUUGACCUGCCUUGACUGUAAGGUGAUGUUACAUGAGACGAUUCGCAACAACGAUUUUUCGCGCAACACAGCGUUGCAACAUUGUUGCAACAUUGUUCGAAUAGUUACAAUAUUGUUCCAACAUUGCAACACUGUGUUGAGCUAAAAAUCGUGGUUGCGAAUUGUCCCGUGUAACAUCACCUUUAGUUCCGUGCUUUAUACUCUCGUGAAGCAUGUUUUAUCAACCAAUCAAAGUGUACGUUACAUCUGAACUUUAUUCUGAUUAUCAGGUAAUUUUUGUUAUCAUGGAGUCCUUAUACUAAAAAUUCAGAUUGGCUCUCCGGUGGUGGAACUGUGUGGAGAGAGUUCAGCUGAAAGUCCCUUCGUUCCCCUAAAAUGUAUAGUCCCCACCUUAAACGCUUCCGGAAGGAAAAAAAAAAAGAAACUUUCACAUCCAUAUUUGAUCUCCUCUGUUCUUUCUAUUGUAUUAAUUUCUUUGCAAUGACCCCAGUUCACCGCGAACGGAGAAGAUAUUGCUAAUUAUUAUAUAGAUAGUGAUGAAAUACCAGGAUUUGUCCUUUUACUAAAACAUCAUAUCUUCAUCGCGCCCAGUGAAGAUACUAUUUUUAUCUUUCACGUGUGAGGAUAUUGGUGUCGCCAUGAAUAGUAACACAAUUUGGACUUUUUGGAACAGAAAAUAUAAGUAUUAUUGUCUUUAUUUCUCCUUUAUAACUUUAUAUCCCAGUUUCAUAACAUUGUUGUGACAGGCAUUUGCGAUAGGUGACCACUUUAAUUGCAAUAUUUUGCUGUUUCGAAAAUGAAUAAAAAAAGUUGUGUUUUAUGUAGGAAUUUCAUCAGUGUUUAUAAAAUAAACAGAACAUUAUAUGGUCGCUUGGGGAUACGAAUUUUAUCUUCUCGUGCUAAAAUUCGUAUCCCCGCGCGGCCACGUAAUAUCCUCUAUAUCAUCGUUAUCACUGACAGUAUUCUAUAUCGAUAAACGAGCCUUCGUUGUCAAAUCAAAAAUUCGGAAGAGCGAAUGUGCAAAUUUUCUUAGUGAGUAAGAACGAGAUGAUUAUAUGUGGUUUAUCUUUAAGACGUAGUUAAUAACGAUUUUAAGACAUGCAUUGUUCUAAAAAAAAAGAAAACAACAAGAAAUAAACAAACGUUUCACUUGUUUGGUGGAAACGCUAUUUCACCUUGUUACUUUAUAUAAGUAGCUCCCGUCACCAAAGAAUAAUUUAUAUGUUUUUAAUAACAAAAUUGAACGGAUUAGUUACGAUAUUUUGUAACAAAUGUUCGAUUUCCUAUUUUUACAGGUACUGAAUCAUAUGAAUUUGCAGGGUUUCGGGCCUGUAAGUGUUUGGAUAAUUACUAUCGAACGAAUUUGUUUGGGGAAUGUACACUAUGUGAGAAGAAUGGAGGACUGAAAUGUCUGGAUGACUUUGCGAAUCUUACAGCUGGCUUUUGGUGGAAGUGGGAACAUAAGACACACCUAGAACUGUACAGAAACUUCAUUAAAAACGUAACAAAUUUCUCCUUUACUCCUGAAUUACACAAAGCAAAUGAUUCCGGUAUUGAAUACCCGUAUACCAUACCUCAACCGUACAGAUGUCCCAUAGCAGAAGCUUGUAAGGGAGGUUUGAAUUCUUCAUGUGAGGCUGGUUAUGAAGGACCGCUAUGUGCAGUUUGCAGUGAUGGAUAUCACAAAAAACUGAAGAAAUGCAAGUUGUGCCCAACAAAAGGAUGGAUGAUCGGACAGCUUGUAAUUAUUGGGGCAUUAAUUAUCUUACUGGUUAUACUUGUGGUGUGGAGAAGCAAGAAAAAGGACAAAAAAGACGCUGGACGAUCUUUCCUUGACAAGGUCCUCGGAGAGAUUAAAAUUGUUAUUGGUUUUUAUCAGGUGCUGUUUGGUAUCAUGGAGGCGUUUUCAUACAUAAAAUGGCCUGGAAGUCUUUCCGUUAUUGGGGAAUAUUCAGAUAUUAUUCAGAUGAACAUUCUUCAGAUAGCUCCCCUCCACUGCAUCUUUCCUGACUUGGAAUUUGACGCACUCACAAGUUUAUUUGCAGUUAUGGGAUUGAAUAUUGCAGCAGUCAUCGUCGCCCUUGCUAGCCUUGCCCUUGCCACUUGGAUAUCGACACGACAUAUGUCGAAUGAAGAAGAAAAAAUGAAGAUAAAGGAGCGCAUUAAAGCGAUAGUAAAGAGAAAUCUGUUUUUCUUUCUUUUCGUGACCUAUCUGAACACUUGCCUAAAAACAGCUCAAGUCUUACCUCUUGCCUGCCAUAGACUCUGCGUUGACCCCAAAAAAGAUGAAAGCUGCGAGGAGUAUUUGAAGGCCGACUACAGCAUUAACUGCAAAGGAGAGAGGUAUAACCGAUUAGUCAUCGUGGGAUACUGUUCCAUUGUGUAUGUGAUUGCUUUGCCUGCUGCUGCUUUUACAGCAAUUUGGAAAAGGAAAAGAGCUGAAAAGAAAAAUGAAUCAAGCGACACAAAUGGUUCGGAAGUCCAAAGUACCGUGCAAACGGGGCUUCGUUUUUUGUACGAAAACUACAACCCUCGGUGUUGGUAUUGGGAGCUGGUGGAAACAUUUCGAAAGGUUAUUUUAACCUCUGGAUUGAUCCUUUUGGGUGGGGAAAGCAGAGCUUACAUUGGCCUAGCUUUGGUUUUUUCUGGUCUGUAUGGUAUCUAUUUCGCGUGGAAAAGCCCAAUAAAAGAUCCAUUCGAAAACAAGCUUAUGCUAUCUUCACUUGCCGUUACCUUCGUAAACCUUGCAAUAGGAGCCGUGAGUUCAAUCCCAAGUGAACGUUUUGAGUCAUCAGUCGACCCAAUCCUGGAUAACCUGCUGUUCAAUGGCUUGGUCUUUGUUGCCAAUUCCUUGGUUAUUGGACUCCUUGUUGGUAAGUUAUGA